CAGACUUUGCGCUCUGCGCUACGUCGUCAUGGCCGCAUGUGCUAGGCCUCUACUCUGGCGCCAGGUGGCUCCACUAAGACGACGCCUCUUCUCGUCGAAAGAAGUGCCGAUAUUGGACUUAGGCGAUGCGCCGAAGUCGUCAAAGUCUUCGCCAAAGCUGGCGGAGUUGGGAUCUGAGGAGAUUCGCAGCGUCGCGAGACAUCCUCGCAUGUCGUCUCUGCAGAUUCAUGCGGAGAAGAGGAUGGCCACCUUACGGCGCAAGGAGGUGCAGGUGGAAAUCCCUUUGGCCAAUUUCCGGGAGAAGUUGAGGUCCUACGGCUGGGAGGCGCAGAACUGCCAUCAUCCCAUUCUUCUCUUCGGAGACGAUCAACAGGAGGUCCAGCGAGCGCACAGCAUUUUGAUGGAGGAGGGUUUCACUGCCGUCAGCAAUGCGCAAACACGCGAGGCUGUGACGCGCGCACUGAGGCGACCCCCUGCGCAUUUGCGUUAAGCAACUGAUUUCCCAUGGGGAUUGAAC